AUGUUCUCAACUCACCCUAUUGGUGACCACCCCUAUUGGUGGAGAGUGGGAUUGUCACGGCGGCGGGGUGUGAUCUGGAUUGAGCUAAGCAAUCCAUCACCGGCGACAGCCUCUACGAGGCCUUCCCCAUCAACUGUUGGGGGUCCGCCCUCACAGAGGGUCCCCCUCAGGCCGAUACCAAAGAUCAGGGUUCCGGCAAUAAAGUUAGGUUUCUCCUCCCGUGGGAGGACUCUGGCCAGGAGUGCUAGAUAA